UCUUGAAAAGAGUUAUUUUGUUUUGCUGGUAGUUUCCAGUUUUCACUGUGCGUGGACGUGAAGUAAGGUAGAGCGAUAGAUAUCUUUAAUAUACUUGAUGCAAAAAUAACCAUUCCUACAUAUUAUACCAGCACCAUCACUUCGUAUCUUGAGUUUAGAUUGCAAGAGCCAAGUGUUUGUUAACUGUGUAGACUAUAGAAAGUUUAAAUCGUUUAUUAUGAAUGCCCCACCAGCGUUUGAAACAUUUCUUUUGUUUGACGGCGAAAAAAAGAUUUCUAUCACUAAAGACACAAAAGUCCCUAAUGCAGCACAUUUCACAGUAAAUAAGGAAGAUCACACACUUGGAAACAUUUUACGAACGCAGCUGCUUAAAGACCCUAAAGUUUUGUUCGCUGGAUACAAAGUUCCCCACCCCCUUGAACAUAAGUUUAUUUUAAGAGUUCAAACAACUGGUGACUACAGCCCACAAGAAGCCUUCACGAAUGCGAUUACUGAUUUAAUCAGUGAAAUAUCUUUACUGGAGGAGAGGUUUAAAGCAACUGUAAGAGAUAGACAGCAAGGAAUAGAAUGAACAAGUAGCAAACAUCAGAAGAUACAUGCUGCCCUGUACGUGUUGAUGACAACAAGUAUACAACUCAUCCACAACUUCAACACACACUAGUGCAUCAGACGACUGGUUUAGACUCGAAUUGUUUUAUAAUAAAAGCUGGCAAUCAGUUUGAUGAUUCUGAUUUUAUUUUCACCUAAACAGAAAUUUAAGCAUCCUUAUCUUUUCUUAUUCUUUCUUCUUUUUCUGUGAUGAAAAAAGAUUAGAUACAUUUUCAAGACCAUUUUAAAAAUCAUGGUGUCAUGGGGCACUUACAUGUCUCUGUGUUUCCCCAAGGAUUUUUUGCCAGUUCUAGUUAACUCCUUGUCGAAUGAACUUUUUUUCUUUUUUGGUUGUAUCUUUAUUGUUUUAACUGGCACAGGUUCAGCACAAGAUCUCGCCCUUUUUUGUUUUCUGCCACGUUUUUGUUCUCGAUGUUGGAAAGCUUGUGUUUUUUCAAGUUCUCUCUUCACACGAUCUUCAGGCUAAACAUAAAUGAGCUUUUAUUUACUGCAGCAGAACCUAUUAGACUAAAAACAAAGGGUCCCUAACAAUAAACAAUUUUUUAAAUUAAGAUUACGUAUUUACAUACAUUGUUUGUUGACGUUGAACCACUUUUAUUUUUCAUCUUUUUUCCACGUUUUUUAGACUCUGAAUGUGUUCCGAGCAUUCUCUCAGCUGUAAAAUACACUGGUGUUUAAAAAAGCAUAUUAUAGAAUGUUUAUAAUGUAUAUAUUUCCUUCUACCGUACAAUGUAACAACUUUAACUUUACCUCUGUGUGAUUGUGAUAAGAUAGAUUGCAUAGAUUUAACAACAAAAGUCCUAAAAACCUGCUCUAGAUAUAUAAAUGAACCUAGAAAAUCAGACUGUCACACUGACUCACACUGUUGGGCUUAUAUAAGAACCCAGCAUACAAAAACACAUAGCUUAAACACCUUUAGCGAAUUCCCGUUGCAUUUUAUUUUGAAACCAUGCUCUUUUUUCAGGAGCUUCUCCUUUUAUAAUCUUUUCUGCCUUCUUUACUUGAUUUUCUGAUGCGAUGACUUGUUUUUCUUGUGCCUCCAUUUUCAUGACAUCACCAACUUCGGAUUCAAUCUCAUUCAGUUUGUCACGAAACUUGGAAAUCACAUCUACAACAGAGUUUUAUAAAUCACAGAACUAUGAUGUAUGCGUGAGGUUAAAAAGAGGUUGCGAAUAAACUGGCAUUUACACUUU